UUGGCGAAAGAGAGUUAAGAAAGGAAUAAUAGCAGGAAGGAAGCAAAAUAUCGAUUGAGUUCAAAUUGAACUGGGAAAACGGCAUUACCGGUAGGAGCGAAUAGACAAAAAGCCAAAACGCCAGCCAAAGAAAUUCCGCUAAAUUCAGCAAAGACCCUUCCUCACCAUCCAUUCCCUUCGUCUUUUGUGUACCACCCAGAUACAGAUUCUCCACUACCUCUUUCUAUCUCUUUCUCGGUUUCUCUCAUUCUCAGAUCUGCUCUUGCUUGUGCUUUUCUGCUUUUUCUUUCCAAAGUCUUACCCUUUAACACUCCCUCUUACUAUACAACAACAACCCAUCACUCUUUGUAUAUAUAAGUUUCAUAGCACGAGUCACAUUCUGGGUUUGUUUCCAUUUCUCCUGUGGGCGCCUCUUUGUUGAAGACAAAUAAGGUGAGCUAUAGACCAUGCGAGGAGGAAUUAUGAUUAAACCUGAAGGAGAACUAAAAGUAAGCUUUGGCUAUCAAUGCAAUAGCAACAGAGACAGUUCUUGUGAGGAUUCUGAUGAAUAUGAAACCCUGCCUGAACUCCGAAGGAACAGUAGUUUCUCUUGCUUGUCUGGUGCUGCCUUAAGUGCUAAUGCUACUCUGGCAAACACAAAUAUCUGUAAUGGUUUGAUAGGAGCAGAAAUACUUCCCAGUUGGGACUCCCCUAAUUCAUUUCGUAGGGUUCCCUCUUCACCAACUCUUUCAAGGUUGGACAUACUAUCAUCUUCUCUUCAGAGUAGUAUGUCAAACUUAAGUUGCAGUCCAUCUACACCUGAUUCUGAUUCUUACUUAUUGAAAUCCAUGAGUCCUCCUUCCAGAAGUGAAGGUUUUCUUAAUGCCAUGGAAGUGCAAGUGGCAGGUGGAGCUGCUGGUGAAGACAGGGUUCAAGCUGUCUGUUCUGAAGAAAAUGGGUGGCUCUUUUGUGCAAUAUAUGAUGGCUUUAAUGGAAGAGACGCAGCUGAUUUUCUGGCUGGGACACUAUAUGAAACCAUCGUAUUUUACUUUAAUUUAUUAGACUGGGAAUCAAGUCAGGAAUCCAUCAAAGUUUCUAGUGGUCUAGAUUUAGAUGGGUCCCUUCCAUAUAUGGAAGAUGAUAGCAAUACUAUUAACGAAGAAAGAUUUCUACCCCAAAUUUACAGAGACACGGAUUCAAGUGUUGACAAUGUCUCCAAGAAUGCUCCAUGUGCUAAACCAAAAGUAUCCACUAAUUCAUUUAGGCAUGGGGUGCUUGACAGCCUCCAACGUGCUCUUAGUCAGGCUGAAAAUGACUUUCUAUACAUGGUUGAGCAGGAAAUGGAGGAUCGCCCAGAUUUGGUUUCUGUUGGGUCUUGUGUUUUAGUUGUGCUUCUACAUGGGAAGGAUUUGUAUACACUUAAUUUAGGUGACAGCCGAGCUGUUUUGGCAACAUAUGGUGAUGGUGAUUUCAUGAAUGGGAGUGAGAGGCUAAAAGCUAUUCAGCUCACAGAUAGUCAUACAGUUGAUGACGAAGGUGAAAGGAUGCGAGUUUUGUGUGAUCAUCCUGAUGAUCCCAUGACCAUUGUGGCUGGAAGAGUAAAAGGGAAAUUGAAGGUCACUCGAGCUUUUGGGGUUGGUUACUUGAAAAAGAAAAAACUGAAUGAUGCAUUGAUGGGAAUUCUUCAAGUUCGCAACCUUAUGAGCCCACCAUAUGUUUCCACUCAACCAUCGUUGAAUGUGCAUAGAAUAUCAAAAUCUGAUUGUUUUGUUGUAGUUGGGAGUGAUGGUUUGUUUGACUUUUUUACCAAUGACGAGGUGGUAAAGCUUGUCCAUUCCUAUAUCUUGAGCAAUCCCUCUGGUGAUCCAGCUAAGUUUCUGCUCGAGCAGCUUGUAGUAAGAGCAGCCAAUUGUGCAGGUUUCAGUAUGGAAGAAUUAAUGAAUAUUCCAGCAGGAAGGAGGAGGAAGUAUCAUGAUGAUGUAACUGUAAUUGUGAUUAUUCUGGGUACAAAUCAGCGUACUACAAAGGCAUCAACGUGCGUGUAAGAUUUUUUGGGGUGUAAUAUUUUUUAUUUUUGGCAUUCUAGUUUUAGGUUUCAAAUUGUAUAUAUUGGAUAUCAGAUAUGUCCUUCCUCCUGCUCUAUAAUGAUCUUUAUCAUUAUCCAUUUUUGUUUGACAAAAACUGCUUGAUUGCAUUGAUCUGCAAAUUGCUGAUCUUUAUGAUCCCUUGAGAGGCUUGUCAAAGAAGGGCACAGAAUUGUCUGAAUCUUUAUUAUUGUUCACAAAACUUGCAAGC